CGGGCGGUGUGUGCGGGGUGUAGGAGGGGGAGUGAUACGACAGGUAUUGACUCGCAUUUUAUAUUGUACAUUCAUAGAGAACGCGCGCGUGCAUUGUGUGUAAUAAUUAUUAUAAUCACUGACCAACCAUGUCAACCAAGGAGUGGGAAAGUUAAUAGACAAGGAAAUUUUAAUUAGUUUCGUGGAAGAUAGGUCAGUCCUUUGGGACAAGACGCUGGAUAAAUACAAAGACAAUACUGCAAGUAUUGCAGGUUGCCACGAAAUAUGCGUUAUUCUAAUGGAGGAUUUUGAGGCAAUGGAACAAAGACAAAGACUAGAGUUCGAAAAACUUGUUAUGAAAAAGUGGAGACAGAUGAGAGAUGCCUGGGUGAGAACACUAAAUGAUAAAAAGAAUUGCAAGACGUCUGGUUCCGCUGUCUCAAACACGAAGCCCUACAAAUACCAUAAUCAGAUCUUGUUUUUGAAAAAAAUAGUUGCUGCUGGUGAAACGCACGAAAGCGUCUCUGCUAAACAGACUGAAGAACACACCGAAGAUGACACCACGACAUCGAAUGAACCUACUCGUACAAAUGAAAAUGACAGUGUGACUACAAUGACACAACUUGACAAUGACAGUCAAAAGGACAAACAAAAUCUAGCCCCCCCGCCAAAACGCAGAGCACCAGCGAAAAGAAAUUUUAAUGAAAUCGAUGCCAAAAUGAUGUCCUACAUUGCCUAUCAGAUAAAACCGAAGCAAAUUGAGCAGGAUGUUCGCAAUUUAUCGUUCUUCAAAGGUAUUUUGCCGUCCUUGGCAUUGCUUGAUGAUGACCAAACUUUGGAAUUCCAGUCAGGGGUGAUAAACCUAUUACAAAAUAUUAAACAUAGGAGAGUUGGCCAGUCAACUUAUGACUGGUCGGCCUAUACACAAACAUCUGGUGCUAGUCACUAUCAAUCUCAGGGCUGUUUUAGCAGACCACGGCCUACUGAUACUGCACUAUCGCCAGUACAAUCUGUAUACAGUGAUGCUAGCAGAUCACAGCCUACUGAUAGUGCACUAUCGCCAGUACAAUAUGUAUACAGUGAUGCUACGUUAGAUCUGUCUGAGUUUUAAAAAUAAAAGUAC